CAUGACCCUUUUUCUGCACAGGAAGGGAACUGUUAUGCAUCACAUUGCUGCCCUCUGUAAUGUCCUAUUUCCACAUGUAAAUAUUUCUUGAGACUGGGAGAUUUCAUCAUUGGGGCCACAGAGACUUCUAUAUAUUCAGGGGAGGAGUCCAGACCUCACUGCAGGCAGUGAAAUCUGAGAAGCAUCUACUGCUUGGAGAGCACUAAGAGGCAGACAGAACUAAACCCAUCAGCAGCAUCAUGAAGCCAGGCAGCUUUCUCCUCCUCACUCUGAUGGUCUUCUUUUUGUACUCAGAUGUUGUUGUUAAAGCAACAUGGGAAGCGGAAUAUUGCAAACAUCAUCCAAACCCAGCAUGCAUCUUCGAGAAACGUCCCCACUGCGGUUCUGAUGGCAAUACCUAUGGCAACCAGUGUGACUUCUGCAAUGCAUAUUUUGAAAGUAAAAGAACGCUGAAACUGAAUUACUAUGGAAAAUGCAUAAUGAAAGUUUAAGAUGCACAAGACUAAGAAACAUCUGCCAAGGAAGUCCCAUUUCUAGUCAAGCUUCGCUCAUUGCAUCACUACCCAAAAAAUUUCAUUCUUCUCUUUGCUUAUGCUUUGUGAGCCAGUGAAUAUCUCGCAACAUCUUAAUUUGGUUUAUCAAUAAAUAAGCUCAGCAACAGUAUCAAACUCUCCAUACAUUUAUUUGUGUAAUAU